AUGGAUAUUGCUGAAAUCCUACUCUCACAAUUUCCUAAUCCUCAACAUCCUUAUGUUGCUAAAAAUGGUGCCUGUACAUGGAAAGCCUGCCAAAAGUGGGAUCUGCAUUAUCUGUCAGGGAGAAUAAAAAGUAACUUGAAGUUUCGUCUGGCUAAAAAAGAAAGUAUCGAAGUACAGUGGGAGACAUCUUGUCCGUCUGUUAAUGCAACAUUAGCAGAAUUUAAUGAAUGGAUAAAUGGAGUAGACAAUAUGAGUAAUCCUUUUUCUAAGUACCCUAAAGAAUCUUGGUGGGCUUAUGCGGAUUACAUAUAUAUGAAUCAGUCACCUGAUUUUCAAGGUUUAGUCGAAGAUUUAUCGUUCCAAGAAUUGUUCCCGUUUCUAAAAAGUAAUAUCAGUCCAACAUUUUGGCUUGGAUCGUCUAAAGCUCAUACCAUUUGUCAUCGAGAUACCUACGGAGUUAAUCUGGUAGUACAAAUCAAAGGGUCCAAACGCUGGAUAUUAUUUCCACCUUCGGAUAGCCCACAUAUGUAUGAAACUCGAUUACCUUUAGAAGAAUCUACUGUUUUUAGCAAAGUUAAUUUCACAUUACCUAACUGCAAAAAACAUCCUCUCAUAUUAAAAACAACUCCUUAUCCUGUAACACUUUAUCCAGGAGAUAUUCUUUUUGUCCCAAGAAAUUGGUGGCAUUUUGUUGAAUCAUCAUCUGAAUAUGAUUUUACUUGUUCAGUAAACUUAUGGAUUGACCAACCUUCACUUGAUAAUAAAGCACGCCUUAGAGAAUGUCUCACACAAUUAGUCGGCUUCUCUUUGUUAUCUAAUUAUGAUCGUAGUGAUCAUAAAGUUUUAUUACAUCCAUCUGAACAAGCAACAUAUGAAAAUGAGUUUUGGUUUAAACAACUAUUGGAUUAUCUAUAUCUACUUUUUCAUCAAAAUCCAAAUGAAUUGUCUUCCAAUGGAGAAAAGAAUCUAGAAGAACCUUCAAAAAAAGCUAGGUUUUCUAGUAUCAUCAAUUGGACACCCUUAACUUCAGAAAAGCUAGACAGUUUAUUUAGUAUUUCAGAAGAAAAUUCCACAUCCGAUGUUGUUAAUACUCUUAACUUCGAACAGAUUGUAGAUGCAUUUAUGAAACCUGAUGUUAUUGAAUUAGUUGCAAAAUACCUUGAAAAAGAUGUUGUAAAUAAAGAUUUGUAA